AUGGAAUUGAAGCAUCUCAUCAUUGGCUUGGCAAUUGCCUUUCUGAGCUACAUCUUCGUCGAAUCAAGACGACCAAAGGCAGGCGUCCAAGAACCUCCUGCUCUUCGCACAAGAAUUCCAUUCAUUGGACACAUUAUUGGAAUUGCUAUUCAUGGACUUCGUUACUUUGGCAAGGCUUGCGAGGGAUCUGAUGAGCCCAUUGUCACAAUUGAUUUUCUUGUCUCCAAAGUAUACUUGGUCAACAAGUCGAGUGCUGUUGCCCAGGUCCAGCGAAAUGCCAAAGUCAUAACUUUUGAUCCUUUCCUCGACUCUGCGGCAGAGCGUAUGGUCAACGUCUCGAAGAGAGGUCUGAAACUGCUCACGGGCAAAGAGAAUGGUGGAGGCGACUUGAAUCGAAAGAUCGUCAAAGCUAUGCACCCUGCACUUCUAGGUCCAGGUUUAGAUGUAGCGAACCGAAACAUGGUCAACAACCUCUCCAAGUCUGUUGAUGAGCUCGCCUCAUUUAGUGGCAAGAGCUUCGACCUUUAUGCCUGGGCUAAGCAUGCAAUUACCAUCGCCAGUACCGACGCUGUUUGGGGCCCGAAGAACCCAAUCAAGGACCCCGAGAAUGAGGCAGCUUUCUGGGACUUCGACUCACACCUACGCCUGCUCGUAUUCAACAUUUUUCCGUCCAUCAUAGCCCGCAAAGCCUACCUUGGACGCGAAAAGGUCGUAUCCGCAUUUGUCAGAUACUACAAUGAGGGUGGCCAGCAUGAAGCCUCGGAACUGGCCCAAGCACGUUGGAGAGUUCAACACGAAGGUGGUGCAGCCACCGAAGAUAUUGCCCGCAUGGAGACCGCAACUGUACUUGGAGUGGUGUCGAACACAACGCCAUCUUCCUUCUGGAUGCUCUACGAUGUAUACUCACGUCCUGCUCUGUUGUCCCAGCUUCGUGACGAAGUACGCGAGCACGCGCUUAAGAAAAAUGAGUCCGGAGAGAUGACCAUCGAUCUCGCCGCUAUGAGAGACAACUGUCCAAACCUCUUGGCUACCUUCCAGGAAGUCCUUCGCACACACUCGAACAGUGCUCCCACCCGUUUCGUUACCGACGACGUUGUGCUGAAUGAAAAGUUCUUAUUAAAGAAAGGCCGUGUUCUCCUGAUGCCUGGAAUGAACAUGAACUAUGAACCUAGCAUCUGGGGAGACGACUCGCAGAAAUUCGACCCAACACGCUUUAAGAAAGAGACAUUGAAGCAACGUCCUACCAGCUUCAUGUCGUUCGGCGCAUCACCUAGCUUGUGUCCGGGUCGUCACUUUGCAAGCGGAGAGAUCCUUGGUAUGGCAGCCAUGAUGAUUCUGCGCUAUGAUAUUACUCCAGCAAGCGGAAAAUGGACCAUGCCAAAAUUCUGGAAGGGUGCCAUCGCUGCUUCUAUGCCGUUCCCUGCAGAGCCUUUCAACGUAACGAUAACGCCUAGGGUUGAAUUUGCCAACACGACAUGGUCAUACACGUCGACUGAUGGAAAGGGCAAAUUCCCGCUCAUCACUGGCUAA